CCUCUUCCUGCAUAAUUCCCCUGCAAACAAACAAACAAACAAAAACCAACACUUUUACAGUGAACUUUAUAAUAAUAAUAUCUAACACACACACAACGUAAUCAAACCCUAGAUAAUUCUCACAGAGAUCCAGUGAGAGAGAGAGAGAGUAAUGGAGUCUCUCUCACGUCCUUUUCACAAACGAAAGCUUCCAAAUGCCAAUAACUUUUCCGGCAAAAAUGCUUACGACGGCGUCUUCUCCGGCCACCGCCGGAAGCACGACGGACCUCCGGAUUUUACCGUUGAAGACUACAGUGAGAUUUUUACCACUGAUUCUUCGAUUCCGGUACUCGAUCUUUCUACUUUAGAAGAAGCUUCUGGUGGUUUGAAUAUGGAAAUCUGGAGUACGAAGCCGGAUUACGGCAUGAUAUUUGGCGGAUUUUGUGAUCAGGAUAUUGCGAUUUGUUACGAAGAAAUGGUUGCUCGAGAUGAAGCUAGGGCCUGUGCUCCCUCAGCAAGCCAUAGCUCUCAUGAUUUGGGUGAUUUGUCUAAUCAGCCCUUAGAUGCCUCAAAGCAGUUUAACAUGGCAUAUAACAAGAUCAGCCAAAGGAGUAAAGAUGGUUUAGAUGGGACAACACAUGUCACACAAUUACCUGCUGUAUCCGGAUUUACUUGUUUUAUGAACGAGUCAGCUUCUCAACCCAAGAAGGAGACCAAAAACAAAAAAUCAUCUAAAACAAAAAUUAUUCAUCCCGGUGUGAACUCCAGCGAGUGGAAUGUUCCCGAAAAACAAACUUCACAAAGUACUGCUGAAUUUAGAAGUAAACAGCAAGUUGAAUCUUUAUACGGCGAGAGAAUAAUCAAGACUUUGGAAGUUGAUCUCAAACCAUCUCCCUCCAAAGUAUCAUCACCCUCUGCAGCAGCUGAACCGAACCAGGAGAUCAAGAACCAAAAAUCAAAUAUAACAAAUCAUGCCAGUGUGAACUCCAGAAAGGAGGAUAUUCAUGAGAAACGAACUUCACAAAGUGCUGUGGAAUCUGGAAGUAGAUACGGUCAAGAUGAAUCUUUAUCCGGUGAUAGAAAUUUAAAAACUUUUGAGGUUGAUCUCAAACCAUAUCCCUCCAGAGUAUCACCAUCUGCAGUUUCUCAACCGAACAAGGAGACUGGCAACCAAAAAACAUAUAUAACAAAUAAUAUUUAUCCCGGUGUAAACUCCAGCAAGGGGGAUUUUCACGAGAAACAAACUUCACAAAGUGCUGCUGAAUCUGCAAAUAGAUACAGUCAUGUUGAAUCUUUAUCCGGCGAUAAAGUAAUCAACGCAUUAGAGGUUGAUCUCAAACCAUCUCUCUCCAAAGGAUCAUCGCCGCCUGCAGUUUUUGAACCGAACAAGGAGAUUGAGAAACAAAAAACGUAUAUGACAAAUGAUAUUCAUGCCAGUGUAAACUCCAGCAAGGGGGAUUUUCAUGAGAAACAAACUUCAGAAAGUGCUGUGGAAUCUGAAAGUAGAUACGUUCAAGAUGAAUCCUUAUCCGGUGAUAGAAUUUUCAAGGCUAGUGAGGUUGAUCUCAAACCAUGUCCCUCCAAGGUAUCACCACCAUCUGCUGUUUCUGAACCGAACAAGGAGACUGACAACCAAAAAUCAUAUAUAACAAACGAUGCUCAUCCCAGUGUGAACUCCAACAAGGAGGAUAUUCAUGAGAAACAAAUUUCACAAAGUGCUGUUGAAUCUAGAAGUAGAUACGUUCAAGAUGAAUCUUCACCUGGUGAUGAUAUUCUCAAGACCUUUGAGGUUGAUCUCAAACCACAUUCCUCUGAAGUAUUAUCACCACCUGCAGCAUCUCAACAAAACACGGAAGCCGAGAACCAAAAAUCAGAUAUAACAAAUAAUAUUCAACCCAGUAUGAACUCCAGCAAGGAGGACUUCCGUGAGAAACAAACUUCGCAAAGUGCUGUUGAAUCUAGAAGUGGAUAUGGUCAAGAUGAAUCAUCAUCCGAUGAUGAUAUUUUCAAGACUUUUGAGGUUGAUCUCAAACCACAUCCCUCCAAAGUAUUAUCACCACCUGCACCAUCUCAACCAAACAAGGAAGCCGAGAACCAAAAAUCAUAUAUAACAAGUAAUAUUCAUCCCGGUGCGGACUCCAGCAAGGGGGAUUUUCAUGAGAAACAAACUUCACAAAGUGCUGUUGAAUCUAGAAGCAGAUACGGUCAAGAUGAAUCCAUAUCUGAUGAUAGAAAUUUUAAGAAAUUUCAGGCCGAUCUGAGAUCACACCCCCCGAACGUAUCACCACCACCUGCAGCUUUAGCAACUAACUCUGAGGAACUUGAUGUCAAUUCUGCAGCAGCUAUUUCUGCAGCUGCUUUAAGAAAAGCUAUAGAAAAGGCUCAAGAAAAUAUUCGAAUUGCAAAAGAAUCAGUGGGAAGAAAGAAAGGAUUUUCAAGCAAAAGUUUCAAAGAUAGCUUGAAAGUUAAAGCUAAAACGGUGAAUGUAAAGGGAGGUGAAGAGUGUAAAGAAAAAGACGAUAAAAUGAAAGAAAAAGAUCAUAAACAUGAAAGCACAGUAGUUUUUCCGGACUUUAUGGAUGGCGAGAAGCUCUUUGGUGCUAAAAAGGUUAUCCAUGAACUACAUGGGAAAAUUCCAGAAUUAGGUAAGAACGCUGAGAUACCGAUACAGUAUCCUGUUGAACUAAGAGAAAGUAAGAUACUUUGCAGUUCUAAAAGAGUUGUUGGUGAAACAGAAUCCGAACCGAUCGAAAAUAAUUCACAUGAAGGUGGUUUGCAUGUACUUGAAAGCUUAGAAAAGAAACUAGGAGAUACCGAAUCAAACAACUCAACUGUGGAUCAAAAGGUGGAAGAUGAGAAAGAGAUACGUGGUAAAUCUGAUGAAAAUGAUUACGAGAAGAAAUUCUGUGAAGAACCAUUUGAGUUUUUUGUAACUGAUAAGCAAGAGAAUCUUGAACAAGAACUUGAUGAAAAAAUGGAAAGUGCAGUGAGUCAAGUUGAAGAUGAGAGAGAAGUGAAAGCGGAAGAGAAGUUUAAUAACGUUUGUGAGGUGGGAAUGAUUAAAAAUGCAGAAACUUGUAAUUUUAGCAUUGAAACAAAUGAUUUGUCUCAAAAAGAAGAUUAUGAAAUAAAAGAGAAAGAAAAUGACAAACUGGAUAAGAUGCAGGUACCGGAAACUUACGAGAAAUCAUCAAUUGAUUUUGAUGAUGCAGAAGAAAGUAAGAGAGUGAUUGGUGCAAGCCAAAUUGUGAAUGAUACGGAGGCCUGCAAAGUUUACCAAAACGUCAGCAAUGCGGAAUCAAGUCAAGGGAUUGAUGAUGUCAGCAGGGGCAGCAGUUCAGGUCACAAGUUACAAGUGGAAGAUACAGAAGCAAUAGAUAAAGAGACAACUGAGAACGUUUCUUUAAAUGAAACAGAAGACAACAAGGAUGAAUGCGAUGCAAAGUAUGAUGAUCUGGCAAACUCUGGUUUAACUGACGUGGGUUUUGUACGAAACGAUUAUAGCGUUGAAACAAAUGAUUUAUCUCAAAAGGAGGAUAAGCUUCAGGUACCAGAAACUUAUGAGAAUUCAUCAAGUGAUUGCAAUGAUGAAGAAGAAAGUGAGAGUGUGAUUGGUGCUAGCCAAAUUGUGGAUGAUACAAAAGACGCCUGCAAAGUUGACCAAAACGACAACAACGCAGAUUCAAGUCAAGAGAUUGAUGAUGUCAGCAGUGGCAGUAACACAGGUCAUGAUUUCCAAGUGGAAGACACAGAAGCAUUAGAAAAGGUGAUGAAUGAGAACAUUUCUUCCGAUGAAACAGAAGACAAUGAGGAUGGAUGUGAUGCAAAAUCUGAUGAUCUGGCAAACUUUGGUUUAGCUGAUGUGGAUUUUGUACAAAACGAUGCACGAUCUGAAUCAUCUUCAGACACAAUACUUGGUAUGGAGAUAGAAGUGAAAGGACACAAAGAAAGAGAAGAAACGGUCGAGAAAGAAGACAACAACCUCCAACAAUCUCAUGAACAAACACCUGAAAUUAGAACAAAAACGGAAACAGGAACACAAGAACCGGAUGAUAAAAGCGGAGAAUCCGAUCCACACAAAAUAGUGGAGAAAAAGCAAAAUGAAGAAGAAAAGGAGCAGGAGAGAAUAAAAUCAGCUGUGGACAGAGCGAUUCGUGAAGCUCGGGAACGUGCAUUUGCUGAAGUUAGACAAAGAGUGAUCGCCGACACUCAAGAAAAGGUCACUAAAGCUUCUUCUGAUAAAACUAGUGCAAAAUUGAAACUCAAAGCAGAACGUGCGGCAGUAGAGAGAGCCACUGCAGAGGCUAGACAACGCGCUUUAGAAAAAGCGAUUUCUCAGAAGAAAUUGUCUGAGCCAAAAAUACAAAUUAACGAGACCGAUCAAACCACUUCUGCUAUAAAUCAUACAAAUGCUGAAUCAGCUUUGAGAACUAAAGCAAAAUUAGAAAAGCAUAACAGGAUUAUGGAGCGCGCGGCGAAAGCUCUUGCAGAGAAAGAGAUGCGUGAUCUGCUUGUUCUUAGAGAACAAGCCGAGAGAAGUCGGUUAGCAGAGAAUCUUGAUGCUGAUAUCAAAAGGUGGUCAGGUGGGAAAGAAGGGAACUUGCGUGCACUGCUUUCAACCCUGCAAUACAUCCUUGGAGCUGACAGUGGUUGGCAACCAGUGUCACUAACCGAGAUCAUAACCACUAGCGCAGUCAAGAAAGCUUACAGAAAGGCGACUCUGUGUGUGCAUCCUGACAAGCUACAACAAAGGGGUGCAAGCAUUCAGCAGAAGUAUAUAUGUGAAAAGGUUUUUGAUCUUCUAAAGGCAGCUUGGAACAGAUUUAACUCAGAAGAAAGAUAGCAGCAGCCUCUAUAAAUUUGGUCGAUUAUCUGUUUAAUAUUUUCAAGAAUCAUUUAAGCUUGUAUGAUUUAUAUAAAAAAUAAUACAUUUUUCAUUUCAUUGGUCA